UGUGCGUUUCCGAGUUCCGAGACAAAUCGAAAUUGAAAGUUCGAUUUUGUCGAGUUAUGAACAGCAAAGGGGUUAUUUGGUUUGCCGAUGCAAACGGUAUAUCGUACACCGUAUCCCUGGAGGACAAUAAAUUGCAAGCUCGAUCAGAUGAUACGGUUAUCAUAAAAAGAAUAUCGGCUGUAAAGCCAUGUGCAUUUGCUGUCGGACGUGAUCAGAAUGUGUACUUGUACGUAAACAAAAGUGAUAUUCCUAUACGCGUUCAGAUUUCGACUUACGAAAAUCAACGAUGGAAUCCCAUACACAAAUGGUCACAAAAAGCGAUGUUUCCCACUGACAGAUGGGCUUGGUCAUCAAAAGAUGGCCGUCACAAUCAACCUAAACAAUCGUUUGUCCUCCCUGAAAAUUGGGAGUGGGAAGAUGACUGGCAUCUGAAUGAAACUGUGCCUGGUGACGAGAAGGGUUGGCAGUACGCUCUUGACUUUCCCAGGGAAUAUAAACCUAUCAAGGAAUGGACGUCUUGCGUUCGACGAAGAAUUUGGAUAAGAAAUAGGCGCUUUGCAAAACAUGACAAAUGGGUUAAGAUCGAACCUCCAGAAACUGAUGAACUGGUGGAGCAAGCAAUUCAGGAUAUUUCAGCUGGUGGCAUGGACAUCCCCGGGUGUCCUCAAGGAUACAUUGCACUCUGGGCUAUAAACUUUGCUGGAAAGGUUUUGUACCGGGAAGGGAUCUCUUCUGUGUGUCCUGAAGGCAAGUCUUGGGUUAAUGUGAAACUUCCCGAAGAUGUCAAAGGUGGUCAGAUAUCCGUGGGUCCUACAGGCAUGGUGUGGUUAGUAACCUGGCAAGGAACACUUUACCUAAGAACUGGAAUUUCAAAAUUUCAACUCUCGGGAUUAUCGUGGAUUCCUGUUGAAUUUCCAAACAAUAGAGUUUAUCAAUUAUCUGUCGGUAUAAAUGCUUUGUGGUUGCUAACAAUGGAUGGAAAAGUGUAUUUCAGACGGGGUAUUUCGUCUUCAAUUGGUUACACAGACGAAGCCAAUGCUAAAGGAACAAAGUGGAUUGAAAUGGUUGGAAGUUUUUUGAUGCUGUCAAUGGGCUUAAACGACCAGGUAUUUGCUAUAAGUACUGGACCUUACGGCGCAGACCGUGUCUAUUUUCGUUCUGGUGUCACUUCAUCCGACCUUCCUGGUAAAGAGUGGAAAAUCAUUGAAGUUGGUCUUUCUAGCACGGAUAGUGCCAGUAGUCUGUCUAGCUCUUCUUCGAAUCCAGAUGUUGAAGCAAUGCGAGAUGAACAUGGCACUGUAUUCUCAGAGGAACUCGUCCAAAUGUCGGAUGAAGCGCGUGGCAAACGUCAAUGGAUUUCGAUGAGUUGCGGCGCAUGUAACGUUAUGUCUGACUUCUUCACUUCCUACUCUCAUUCGCAGCGGCUCUCUUCUGCCGCUUCUACUCACAGUUCGUACAGGAUGAGUCUUGCUGGUGGCCCGUGGAGGCAGGCUGUACUCAAGCUUCUUGAAUCACGUUAUGUUAAGGAAAUUAUGUAUUUCUGCGACUACGAACAAGCCGUUGAUAAAAGCAGUUGGUCAAAGACAACAAAAUUCAACAUGCUUGUGAGCAAAUCUUCAAACACUUGGUGUAAGUGCGAAAUAACCCUCACAAACGACAAGGAAUCGGAAUGUUUAAUAAUAAAAUACGUGAAAUUCAACAAGGAAAAGGAAAUGAAGCUUCCUGUGCUUGACAUAACUUGUAUGGCGCGAGUGUUUAACCAAACUUAUUCCAAUUGUUUUACGAUACACACGGCUGUGCGGACAAUGGAGCGAAAUUACAUUUUAUUAUCAGCGCCCAAUGAGAAAGAAAUGAAUGAAUGGAUGACGUCAUUGAGUAGCUCUUCACAAAGAGCCCGGAUGUGCGAAGGGGCACCUAAACCCUCCGCUCUUUGGUGCACGUCGGCUGCCGGCGAUGUCUUCUUCUCUGACUCUAAAGAUGACAGUGAUUUCACCAACCAUCCUGUUUAUCACUUGUAUUGGCGCCAAGUUGGUGGUCAUUUUAAAAUUGAAGCGGGUGUCGAUCAAGUUGUUUGGGGGCUUGGGUACGACGGACGACCGUGGUGCUUUACACGUGGCUUUGGUGGUGGGAUAUUUCCCGCGUCCAUGAGCAGCGCCGAAGGUAUUUAUGAUCAGAGUGACGAAAAAGUCUUUUACACUUACGAGAAUCAAAGAUGGUAUCCUGUAGAUGGAUAUGGAGUAAGACGACUUCCAACUGACCGCUAUGAAUGGAGCGAUGAAACUGGAAUACUAGAACGUCGUCAAGAGGGCUAUCCGCUACCUAACUCAGACUGGCAAUGGAGUGGUGAGUGGAAGGUUGAUUUCAACACAAAGGAAGGGACAGAUAAGUGGGGCUGGAUGUACGCCCUAGAUUUUCCAAGGUCAGAACGAAGGAAAGACAUUGGUGGAAAGUACUGUGCUGUUUUUUUUGACAUGUUUGCUUUGUUUACAGGGAAUACAGCUGCGAAAAACAUUGGAAUGAUUCGUGUAAAUACGACUGGUCCGUGGCUGGAAGUUCAACCUUCAGUGCAAUUGAAAGAUAUCAGUAUACAAAUCGACCACAUGUAUCAAGAUGAUGGUUCAAUUUCUGUUUGGGCUGUCAGCCAUGAUGGGGAUCUUUUGUGUAGAAAAGGAGUGACUAGUGAUCGACCUCAGGUAAGAUACAAAAUUAUUAUAUGGCAAGCGUUACUUCCGGCAAAAUGGAGCGCUUUGAUUGGCUCAGAAACAUUUUUACCGUUCCAUUAUUUUUCCAUUAUGGACCCACGGUCCGAAACUUCUAAUUUUACGGUCAAGUGUAAACGAACUUCCAUAUUUAGCAAUGCUUAUGGACGUGUUGAUUAUUUAGGUGAAUCUUGGUGUCAUAUCACAACACCGAUUCAAUUUUCAAGUAUUUCCGUCGGCUGCAACAACAUCGUUUGGGGGAUUGGUAACGAUGGAGCGGCUUACUUGAGGAUUGGGUACGAGGGCUCUGAUGACAGAGGAAAAAUGUGGGACCGUUUUCCCGCCCCAGGCCUUAACCCGCUCGUUUUAAUAUCGGUCGGCAGAAACACUGUUUGGGCUAUGGAUAAAUACGGCGAACAUUAUUACAGAGAAGGCGUGACCGAAACGUUUCCUGAAGGUACAAAAUGGUUGAAGAUAUUUGGUCGUGUGCAGUCUGUGUCGGUCAGCGCCAAUGACGAGGUAUGGGUGAAAAGUCAGGGGGGGUUGGAGAAAUGUUUCAAUACGUCAAAAGAGACGCCAACUGGAAGAGGCUGGGUUCUAGCAUUACCGUCUUUCUGGGGAGGCAUUUCAGCGAGCAAAUAG